CGUAUCCCUGCGCCGCUGCGCGAGGCAGAGGCUGAAUGAGGAGCUGCGCGGGGGAAGCGGGGCGCCGGGGGAGGAGGCGGCGGGAUGGAAGCAGACGCUGGCGUCGCGCGAGCCCGGGGCCGAGCGGCGCGGUAGAGAGGGCGGCGGCGGCGCGCGCGGAACCUUGACGUGCCCCUUUCUUUCUUCUCUCGCUGGGAAGCUGGGAAGCAUGAGCGUGCAGCCUUGCCGCUGCGGCGGCCGCCCCGGCUCCUCGCCUCCCCCUCUUCUGGCCACCCCUCGCCGGUGAGAGAAGAGAACGCGAGAAGGGAAGAUGGGGGCCGUCCUGAGGAGCCUCCUGGCCUGCAGCUUCUGUGUGCUCCUGAGAGCGGCCCCUUUGUUGCUUUAUGCAAACAGACGGGACUUGCGAUUGGUUGAUGCUACAAAUGGCAAAGAGAAUGCUACGAUUGUAGUUGGAGGCUUGGAGGAUGCAGCUGCGGUGGACUUUGUGUUUAGUCAUGGCUUGAUAUACUGGAGUGAUGUCAGCGAAGAAGCCAUUAAACGAACAGAAUUUAACAAAACUGAGAGUGUACAGAAUGUUGUCGUUUCUGGAUUAUUGUCCCCCGAUGGGCUGGCAUGUGAUUGGCUUGGAGAAAAAUUGUACUGGACAGAUUCUGAGACUAAUCGGAUUGAAGUUUCUAAUUUAGAUGGAUCUUUACGAAAAGUUUUAUUUUGGCAAGAGUUGGAUCAACCCAGAGCUAUUGCCUUAGAUCCUUCAAGUGGGUUCAUGUACUGGACAGACUGGGGAGAAGUGCCAAAGAUAGAACGUGCUGGAAUGGAUGGUUCAAGUCGCUUCGUUAUAAUAAACAGUGAAAUUUACUGGCCAAAUGGACUGACUUUGGAUUAUGAAGAACAAAAGCUUUAUUGGGCAGAUGCAAAACUUAAUUUCAUCCACAAAUCAAAUCUGGAUGGAACAAAUCGGCAGGCAGUGGUUAAAGGUUCCCUUCCACAUCCUUUUGCCUUGACGUUAUUUGAGGACAUAUUGUACUGGACUGACUGGAGCACUCACUCCAUUUUGGCUUGCAACAAGUAUACUGGUGAGGGUCUGCGUGAAAUCCAUUCUAACAUCUUCUCUCCCAUGGAUAUACAUGCCUUCAGCCAACAAAGGCAGCCAAAUGCCACAAAUCCAUGUGGAAUUGACAAUGGGGGUUGUUCCCAUUUGUGUUUGAUGUCUCCAGUCAAGCCUUUUUAUCAGUGUGCUUGCCCCACUGGGGUCAAACUCCUGGAGAAUGGAAAAACCUGCAAAGAUGGUGCCACAGAAUUAUUGCUUUUAGCUCGAAGGACAGACUUGAGACGCAUUUCUUUGGAUACACCAGAUUUUACAGACAUUGUUCUGCAGUUAGAAGACAUCCGUCAUGCCAUUGCCAUAGAUUACGAUCCUGUGGAAGGCUACAUCUACUGGACUGAUGAUGAAGUGAGGGCCAUACGUCGUUCAUUUAUAGAUGGAUCUGGCAGUCAGUUUGUGGUCACUGCUCAAAUUGCCCAUCCUGAUGGUAUUGCUGUGGACUGGGUUGCACGAAAUCUUUAUUGGACAGACACUGGCACUGAUCGAAUAGAAGUGACAAGGCUCAAUGGGACCAUGAGGAAGAUCUUGAUAUCAGAGGACUUAGAGGAACCCCGGGCUAUUGUGUUAGAUCCCAUGGUUGGGUACAUGUAUUGGACUGACUGGGGAGAAAUUCCGAAAAUUGAGCGAGCAGCUCUGGAUGGUUCUGACCGUGUAAUAUUGGUUAACACUUCUCUUGGUUGGCCAAAUGGUUUAGCCUUGGAUUAUGAUGAAGGCAAAAUAUACUGGGGAGAUGCCAAAACAGACAAGAUUGAGGUCAUGAAUACUGAUGGCACUGGGAGACGAGUACUAGUGGAAGACAAAAUUCCUCACAUAUUUGGAUUUACUUUGUUGGGUGACUAUGUUUACUGGACUGACUGGCAGAGGCGUAGCAUUGAAAGAGUUCAUAAACGAAGUGCGGAGAGGGAAGUGAUCAUAGAUCAGCUGCCUGACCUCAUGGGCCUAAAGGCCACAAAUGUUCAUCGAGUGAUUGGUUCCAACCCCUGCGCUGAGGAAAACGGGGGAUGUAGCCAUCUCUGCCUCUAUAGACCUCAGGGCCUUCGCUGUGCUUGCCCUAUUGGCUUUGAACUCAUCAGUGACAUGAAGACCUGCAUUGUCCCAGAGGCUUUCCUUUUGUUUUCACGGAGAGCAGAUAUCAGACGAAUUUCUUUGGAAACAAACAAUAAUAAUGUGGCUAUUCCACUCACUGGUGUCAAAGAAGCUUCUGCUUUGGAUUUUGAUGUGACAGACAACCGAAUUUAUUGGACUGAUAUAUCACUCAAGACCAUCAGCAGAGCCUUUAUGAAUGGCAGUGCACUGGAACAUGUGGUAGAAUUCGGCUUAGAUUAUCCAGAAGGCAUGGCAGUAGACUGGCUUGGGAAGAACUUGUACUGGGCAGACACAGGAACGAAUCGAAUUGAGGUGUCAAAGUUGGAUGGGCAGCACCGACAAGUUUUGGUGUGGAAAGACCUAGAUAGUCCCAGAGCUCUUGCGUUGGACCCUGCCGAAGGAUUUAUGUAUUGGACUGAAUGGGGUGGAAAACCUAAGAUAGACAGAGCUGCAAUGGAUGGAAGUGAACGUACUACCUUAGUUCCAAAUGUGGGGCGGGCAAACGGCCUAACUAUUGAUUAUGCUAAAAGGAGGCUUUAUUGGACAGACCUGGACACCAACUUAAUAGAAUCUUCAAAUAUGCUUGGGCUCAACCGUGAAGUUAUAGCAGAUGACUUGCCUCAUCCUUUUGGCUUAACUCAGUACCAAGAUUAUAUCUACUGGACGGACUGGAGCCGACGCAGCAUUGAGCGUGCCAACAAAACCAGUGGCCAAAACCGCACUAUCAUUCAGGGUCAUUUGGAUUAUGUGAUGGACAUCCUCGUCUUUCACUCAUCUCGACAGUCAGGGUGGAAUGAAUGUGCUUCCAGCAAUGGGCACUGCUCCCACCUCUGCUUGGCUGUGCCAGUUGGGGGUUUUGUUUGUGGAUGCCCUGCCCACUACUCUCUUAAUGCUGACAACAGGACUUGUAGUGCUCCUACCACUUUCCUGCUCUUCAGUCAAAAGAGUGCCAUCAACCGCAUGGUGAUUGAUGAACAACAGAGCCCCGACAUCAUCCUUCCCAUCCACAGCCUUCGGAAUGUCCGGGCCAUUGACUAUGACCCACUGGACAAGCAACUCUAUUGGAUUGACUCACGACAAAACAUGAUCCGAAAGGCACAAGAAGAUGGCAGCCAGGGCUUUACUGUGGUUGUGAGCUCAGUUCCGAGUCAGAACCUGGAAAUACAACCCUAUGACCUCAGCAUUGAUAUUUACAGCCGCUACAUCUACUGGACUUGUGAGGCUACCAAUGUCAUUAAUGUGACAAGAUUAGAUGGGAGAUCGGUUGGAGUGGUGCUAAAAGGCGAGCAGGACAGACCUCGAGCCAUUGUGGUAAACCCAGAGAAAGGGUAUAUGUAUUUUACCAAUCUUCAGGAAAGGUCUCCUAAAAUUGAACGGGCUGCUUUGGAUGGGACAGAACGGGAGGUUCUCUUUUUCAGCGGCUUAAGUAAACCAAUUGCUUUAGCCCUUGAUAGCAGGCUGGGCAAGCUCUUUUGGGCUGAUUCAGAUCUCCGGCGAAUUGAAAGCAGUGAUCUCUCAGAGAUGGCAUUUUGCCAUGUUGUCCAGGCUGAUCUCGAACUCCUAGGCUCACGUGAUCCUCCUGCCUCAGCCUCCCAGAUUACUAAGAUUACAGGUGCUAACCGGAUAGUUUUAGAAGACUCCAAUAUCUUGCAGCCUGUGGGACUUACUGUGUUUGAAAACUGGCUCUAUUGGAUUGAUAAACAGCAGCAAAUGAUUGAAAAAAUUGACAUGACAGGUCGAGAGGGUAGAACCAAAGUCCAAGCUCGAAUUGCCCAGCUGAGUGACAUUCAUGCAGUAAAGGAGCUGAACCUUCAAGAAUACAGACAGCACCCUUGUGCUCAGGAUAAUGGUGGCUGUUCACAUAUUUGUCUUGUAAAGGGGGAUGGUACUACAAGGUGUUCUUGUCCAAUGCACCUGGUUCUGCUUCAAGAUGAGCUAUCAUGUGGAGAACCUCCAACAUGUUCUCCUCAGCAGUUUACUUGUUUCACGGGGGAAAUUGACUGUAUCCCUGUGGCUUGGCGGUGCGAUGGAUUUACUGAAUGUGAAGACCACAGUGAUGAACUCAAUUGUCCUGUAUGCUCAGAGUCCCAGUUCCAGUGUGCCAGUGGGCAGUGUAUUGAUGGUGCCCUCCGAUGCAAUGGAGAUGCAAACUGCCAGGACAAAUCAGAUGAGAAGAACUGUGAAGUUCUUUGUUUAAUUGAUCAAUUCCGCUGUGCCAAUGGUCAGUGCAUUGGAAAGCACAAGAAGUGUGAUCAUAAUGUGGAUUGCAGUGACAAGUCAGAUGAACUUGAUUGUUAUCCAACUGAAGAACCAGCACCACAGGCCACCAAUACAGUUGGUUCUGUUAUUGGUGUAAUUGUCACCAUUUUUGUGUCUGGAACUAUAUACUUUAUCUGCCAGAGGAUGUUGUGUCCACGUAUGAAGGGAGAUGGGGAAACUAUGACUAAUGACUAUGUAGUUCAUGGACCAGCUUCUGUGCCUCUUGGUUAUGUGCCACACCCAAGUUCUUUGUCAGGAUCUCUUCCAGGAAUGUCUCGAGGUAAAUCAAUGAUCAGCUCCCUCAGUAUCAUGGGGGGAAGCAGUGGACCCCCCUAUGACCGAGCCCAUGUUACAGGAGCAUCAUCAAGUAGUUCUUCAAGCACCAAAGGCACUUACUUCCCUGCAAUUUUGAACCCUCCACCAUCCCCAGCCACAGAGCGAUCACAUUACACUAUGGAAUUUGGAUAUUCUUCAAACAGUCCUUCCACUCAUAGGUCAUACAGCUACAGGCCAUAUAGCUACCGGCACUUUGCACCCCCCACCACACCCUGCAGCACAGAUGUUUGUGACAGUGACUAUGCUCCUAGUCGGAGAAUGACCUCAGUGACAACAGCCAAGGGCUAUACCAGUGACUUGAACUAUGAUUCAGAACCUGUGCCCCCACCUCCCACACCCCGAAGCCAAUACUUGUCAGCAGAGGAGAACUAUGAAAGCUGCCCGCCUUCUCCAUACACAGAGAGGAGCUAUUCUCAUCACCUCUACCCACCGCCACCCUCUCCCUGUACAGACUCCUCCUGAGGAGGGGCCCUCCUCCUCUGACUGCCUCCAGCGUAAAAAUGUAAAUAUAAAUUCGGUUGAGAUCUGGAGGGGGGGAGGGAGCUAUUAAGAAGGAUGAGGCAGACCGUGUACAGUUAAAAUUAUAAAAUGGGGUAGGGAAUACUGGAGAUAUUUGUACAGAAGAAAAGGAUAUUUAUAUAUUUUCUUAAAACAGCACAUUUGCUGCUUGUGCCAUAAAAGUUUGUAUAAAAAAAUUUGUACUAAAAGUUUUAUUUUUGCAAACUAAAUACACAAAGCAUGCCUUAAACCCAGUGAAGCAACUGAGUACAAAGUAAACAGGAAUAAUAAAGGCAUCACUGACCAGGAAUAUCUGGGCUUUAUUGAUACCAAAAAUAAAAAAGAGGAAGAAGAAAAAUUAAGUCCAUCUCAGAGCAGCAAACCAUGGAUGUAGCCAGAUAGCCUUCAGUUAACUAACGUUUGAGGGCCAACAAGUAAGAAAAGAUGAAAGGAAAAAAAAGGCAUUAAUGCUAACCUUGGACGAAGGGCUUUGUUUUCUCUGGGAAUCCAACAGGGUUAGUGAGGAAAGUAGGUAUUUCUAAAAACCCAUUCUGGGUGUUGCUGUUGUAGGAGAGAUCAGCCCUCUGGUAAGAUGCCAUGAAGCUGUGUGUGUGUGUGCAAGUCUCUGUCCCUACCUUUAGAAUCCAUACGUCUGUCAAAAUGAAUUUUUUUCUCUAGGUAUGUUUACCUUGCUGCCUCCCCCAGCAACUUGGUAAGUCAUUUUGCUAAGAUACCAUGAUUUUUUUAAGCUGAAGCAUUGACUAAAUGGAAUUUUCUAAAUUAAACUUGAUUUUAAUAUUUCUUCUAGCUCCAUUCCCCAGUAGGCUUAGCUCUUCAAUUUGACUGCUGUUUUUGCAUAAUGAUCAAAAGUUAGACAUAUUAUUUCUCUUCUUCCAAGAUUGUUUUAAUGCUCAUUAAAAUGUCUUUUUACAACACAUAUAGACAAUGUUUAAGAAUUAAAAAUUAACCAUUAUGUUUUUGUUGUAAAUUAAUCAUAUAUCCUUGCACUACUUUCAGCAUAUAUCACAGUAUGAAAUCAUUUAUAUAUAUAUAUAUAUUUUUUUUUUUUUUUUUUUCUGAGUAAAACAUUUAAAUAUGUUCUGGUUAGAGACAAUCUAUUUAAAAAGAAUUUUUUCUUAUUAGGAUUUUCACUAUAUUAACAGUUUGUGACGUUUUCAUGUUCUUUAGGCUGGUUUUUCUCAGAAUAAUGUCUACAUACAUACCUCUUCUAAUGUGUGACAUGAGUUUAAUAUCUUUCUGUUACCCACUGUGAAUGUUAGGCUGUUUUCAAAUUAUCCACAAAUUAUUCUUGUAAUCACCUCAUAUUUUUAUGUGGAUCCUCUCUUAUCCAUUAUGGAUUAAGAUAAUUUAACAAAUUUAACAAUGAGGAUUAAAUGAGAAGACAAACUGUUAACUUCUCAGCUGUCAGAAUUUGGGUGGAAGGGAAUAAUGGAAGCCUCUUUUGUGAUCUGCCUGACCUGCUGUCAUGUAUGGUACUGGGGCUGCUACAUCUUCAGCUAUCAGGGCUGACCUGUGGAAUGAUUCUAGCACUUGCUCUGCCACCUUGCCAGAAGUUCGUUUCCUGCUUUUUACACAUGUCUAGCACUUCUCUGCUAAAAUUGAAUGGUUUUAAACUAAUGUAUUUUUAGCUUAAGAGGUGUUGGUCAGUUAAUUAUUGAAUUUUUUUUUUUUUUCUUUUUUAAUUCUGUCUUGCCAAGGCCUCUCUGGGUUUCAGGGCCCAAGAGAAAACAGUGGAAGAAAGGAAUCAGAAUUUUGGCAAGGGUGAAGUAACUGUUCAUGCAAUUUAAAAAUACCUAAGUAAAGUUUUUGAAGAUAAAAUUGUGGUUUCAGAAUAAUGCUGAUUGUUGGAGACUGUAAGAAUCAGGUGCACUUGAUUUUGCAUAUAAGCAAAUGGUAAAUCUAUCAGAGUCCUAAAACAGACAAGCGUAAACUCUUCCCAUUGCUGGAACUAAGUGCCCACAGUGUCAGACAAAAUGGACAUUGAACUUGGAUUCUGUGAUACACAGGGCACUUGAUGCUUAAAUGAAGAUGGAAAGGUUAGCAAUACCUGGGUGUCAGUUAGAAUUUGAGAAUUCUAUAUGUUUACAUUUUUAAAUAUGCAUCUUGAUCUGGUGGGCUUCCCAUGUGGAGACUUGCACUCUGAUUAACUAAGAAGAAUAUUGCCUUGUUGGAUCUCAGUCCACGUGCUUGCACUGCGAUGGCAAUGGCCUCUUCUUCAAAAUACUAAUUUGUGUGCCAAUUUGUUUAAAAUUAUUUGAAGGCAGUUCAGCCUAAUCUCAGUGUUCUCUUUCUGGGGUAGAUGAGAUGGAUUCUUAAUAUUUCUGGGAAUACUUUUUAAUGAGAGAAUUGUCAAAUUUGGAAAGAUUUAUUGACCCUUAGGUUACAUGGACAGUUAAGCUUAAGUAAACUGUAUAUUGAUUAUUAAACACGAGCUGUAAUUGAAAAAGUUGAGAGGAAAAACAUGAGACCACAAAUUAGGGGGAAAAAAGAAAAGGGAUUUUUAAAUUUGGUAUAUUAAAUUCAUUGUCCAAGGGGGAAAAUGAAUAAUGUUUCAUUAGAUUCCUUAUAUGCAAAAGUAUUUAUUUUGAACAUGUGUCCUAAAAUAUGUGCACUAACUGAUGUGAUUAAAAUUGUCCAAGAAAUAAACUUGAGCAUAACAUACUUUCUGUGCAUCACAGUAAGCUAUUCUGCAUUGAAGUGGUCUUUUAUAACUAAGGCCUAGACUUGGCUCCAGCAGAGUCGUGGUCUUCUGUAUAGUGACUUAAGGAGUUUUAUUUGCUUAAGUCAGAUAAUAGCACAUUCACAGGAAACAAAGAGAGUUGGUGGAUAGAAUUUUCUGACUAUUAAUUUUUCUUCCAUGAAAUUUUAUUAUGCCUUUGACACUUUCUGCCACUCUUACAGCAUAUCACAAGAUGUCUGUUUAGCAGAAGAUUAUGUAGUUACUUUAAUUUUAAUAUAAAAAUAGUUUGUGAUACAUUACCAAGAGAUCUCUGAUUCUUUAGUACAUUUGAGAACAGCUAUUCUACAGAGAUGAUAGGUAUUUAGAAAUGAAGACUUUAAAGUACAUUUUAAUCUAAUAUAGGCCAGUAAUUGGGGGAAGGGGCUUUGAGCAGUACAAUUUUAAGAUGAUUUUGAGGGUUGUAUUUCUUUAUCAUUUAAAAAUACCCUAAAGUCAGUAAUUUAUAUGAAGGAAACUCAUUCAUUAUUGAAGGUAUAGAAAUAGCCAUCAUCUGUGUUAGGUAGCAGUUUUGGAGGCUCAUCUUCUUCUUUUGCUAUAAAGCCCUAUUAAUGAAGAAUACUUCCAGUAGAGUUAAUAGCUGUGGCUUACCUAGUGUGUUAAUGAAGUGUGUUUAUUUAUGUGACUUGAUACCAGCAGUCAUAAUAGAGACUGAAGAGGUAUGCGUUAAGCACACCUACUUCUGUGCGGUAAACAGGCUGCUGCUGCCUAGAUUAGAUUCUUAGAAAUGUCAUAUUUUGAAUUGUUUUAUUUCUUGUAGGGGAAGCUUUAUCCCACUUCACUGAUUUGCAUGCCGUAGGAAUUACAUAUUGGUUAUCAUUACGUAUCAACAAGAUUCAAAAACAAAAAUCUUGGACUUUUCACAUCCGAAAUAUGUCAGCUCUUAAUGAAUGUGUGGUGCUUAAGUCUACAUAUGGCAUCCAUAGUUUAUCUAGAGUAUGGAUAUGAGUGUGUUGACCAGUUAGCAGUAGGUGGACAAAUAUUUGGGCAUCUACAGAUGAGACUGUACACUAAGUGUUGACUGAGUCCUAAAGAAGCUUAUAGUCAAGUGUUGUUUAAAACAUUAUCAGAAUUCUUAAACCCAAGGAAUUUAAUUUCAUUUGGUAUUUCUUAAGCCUAAAAUGAGCCAAGAGAAAGAUGAUUUUAGAAAGUACUUGUAGUGUAUGUGUGGCUUCUAACUUUUGGGAUGGCACCAUUUUAUAAUAGUUUCAAAAUUUAGCUUUUGAAAUUCUCAACAUUUUAUGGUAGAAGACUUUGGACCUCAAGUAUAAAAUUAUACAUUUAUAAUUUUUUAAGAAUUUAAAUUAUAAGUAUUGUGAAUUCACACUCUCAGGCUAUUGUCUGACUUGAUCUACGUCUCAUAAAGCCUGUACCUGAGUGGAGUGGAAGGUGGAGUCUUAUGUUAAUCACUCGCUGACUCUACCCUCACCCUCUUUCAGUUGAGGUAAACUUUGCUGUUUUUCUUUUUCAUAAAGCAUUCUUAAAUUGUUGAGUUUAUUGCUGAAAAAAAUCUCCAUGACUUUACAGAUAGAAUUACAAACUAAAUGAUUUCUUGUACUUAGAAGCAGAGUACAGACCUAACAAACAGACCCCACCAUCACUUAGGGUUUUCCCGAAAGCAGCACCAAAGAAUUACGGACAACAUGCUUUUGCUUAACUGUCCAUUUUGGUUGUUUUGUUUUUUAUCAAAUAUAAGCAGGAUGGGUGAUAGAGAUAUAUUUAUAUAUAGAUAUAUAUUCUAUAUAUCUAAUGCCUAAAUAUGGGUAUUAAAGGGAAAAUUUUUAAAGUCUGAUUAAACCCAAUAUUACAUGAAAUUAAAUAUAUGGGUUAGUAAGGAAGAAUGUUGAAAAGUGGAGAGGAUACCAAGAAGAUUAAACUGGACUAGCCUUAUUUGCAAGUGAGGGAUCUGGUGCUGCUUUCAGAUGUUUAUCCUUUAUUUUUUUUCCCUUAAGCUUUAAUCUUCGUCAUUGUCUUAAAGUCAACUGGUGUUUCUUGUUCAUCGACUUUGGUACGAUGGUGCUUUGCAAGGAUGUAUUUAUAUUAUAAUGGCCAACAUUUGGUCAGCCCUUGUCCACUUACUCACUUCCCUCCUUUUGUAAAAUAAGUGCUUUAAUUAUAAACUGUAUAAAAAUACCUUGUAUAAAACCCCUUUUUUGAUUAUUACAAUAAAUAACCUGAAUUGUAACAAAUGAAAUGUUGAUUUUUGUAAUAAAACAGUGGAAAAGUAAAA